UGUGAUGUAAGAAAUACUCAUCGAUGUUCAUCUUUGAAUGUCUGUCUACAAUUUGCAAACUCAAUUUGAAAUGGGUCUGGAUUAUAUCAAGAUGGGAAUCCGAUCUAGAAAUACCAUAAUAUGACGAGGCUUCAUCAUAUAUAGCUCAAAUUCACUAAUAAGACCAAACGCAAUACAGUGCGAGAUGGAGAUAUAUUUUAUUUACAUUGGAAUUCUUUGCUUUUUAAAUUCAGUGGAGACACAGAUUAUGAUUGGAGACAUCUCGGAUAACCCUACGAGACAAAAAGUAAUCUAUAGCGGUUUCCCAGUUGGGAUUAGCUGUGCGGAGUCGGACUAUUUUGGGGAUAGCGGGCUACCGGACUUUGAUGGAGGGCACCCUGCACCAAUAGGUAUGGAUGUCAGCUACAUGGAGGACUCGAAUGAGGAGUUUGAUGGAAUUGAUGUUAACGUUUUUGACGAGAAUGAAAAUCCUGACUUUCCGCCAGAUGAGAAUGACGCCAUUUAUCCAGAUGAGAAUGGCGACGUUCAGUGCAUCAUAAAGAAAAACUCUAUCACAAUUUUUAACAAAACUAUCAUAUGGUCAAAACGUUCUACAGAGGGUAUCUUUAUUGAUGCGGAUGAAAGUUGGGAUAAAUCUGAAAUUCACGUAUCUGCUACAUGGGGAACAGACGGAGGACAAUUGUCGAGUGGUUUCAAAAUUAUUCUAAAGGAACCUGUUGGUCACAAUUGUGCCACUGAAUUGGAAACUGUUCCGGAAAUCAUUCAUUUUACAGUAGGAAGUCAGGAUAAGGACGAUUUAGCAUGUUUUGGCGAUAGCGACAUGAGCAUGAACAAAACACAAUACCAAUCCAUUGAAACUGUUUGGUACCACGGGUGUGAUGAAAUAUCUAGAGAUGAUCCAAACUUUCAGUACUUACCAAUGAAAUAUGACGAGAACGAAAACGAGUUGUUGUUUGCUUCUUUAAAGUUACCCAAUCUAUCAUUCAGUACAUCACCAGGAAAAUACAGAUGUGCAUUAAGGCGAAACGGAUUUGAAUUGGCAAGAAAUGUGUACAAAGUUUGUUUAAAACAACCGUUUGUAUAUGCUAACAACCCCAGUAUCACACCUACACAAGAAGUUUACAAAGUCGAACCAGGAGACAGCGUUACCUUCACAUGCAUCGGUCAUACUGGUACUGAAGCGGGGUCUCUCAGUCAGAAAGUUACGUUCAAAAGAAUAGAAUACAAUUUGGUGGGAGAAUGGGAAAGGGCAAUUAAGUGUUUAUUAUUUUUGGGCAUACCAGCACCAUCGUCAACAAACAAAUGUAAAUCGCAACUCCAUGAAAACAAGAAUUACUGCGAACGUCUGACUGCAGAAGAAAUAGAGCAAAUCUCAAAUCACGGACUAGAUGAUAACUUUACAGCAACCUACACAAUACACAAUUUAAACAAGACAGACAAUGGUUCAAUAUAUCAAUGCUCUCUAAGUACAACUGCUGGCACCGUCACAAAAAACUUUACUCUGGUCGUCGAAGAGGAAAUCAACACACAUAACUAUUUGACGGUGGCUUUAAGUGUAAUGGGAGCUCUGGUCUUGCUCGCAAUUAUUGUAAUAGUAUUCAUCCAUGUAUACCGGAUAGAAGUUCAAUAUCUGUUGAAGAAAUACUUCAGUUCGCCUGUGGCUAUUGAAGGUGGAUACUUCGUCGCUUAUCUGGUCUAUGAACCGAGUGCGUAUAUCGGAAGCGAUAACAUAGUCGGAGACGUGAAAACAUAUUUGCAUACGUCUAGAUAUAAUAAUAUAUAUGAUCCGAACGUUGAACCUGAAGACGCUGGGGCACCUGUCGCCGAGCAUUACAAAUCUGUUCUUGAGAGAUGUUUGAGAUUGGUUGUUAUUGUGACAUCACAGAUGAUCGAGCAAAACGAAAUCGAAAUAUUUAAGGUUUAUGAGGGAUUAAAUCAAAACGUGCAGAAAGAUUUGAAACUUGUGUUUAUCUGCAGAAAAGAAAUAAAAAAUGAAAUAAAAAGAAAAGCAAAAAAUGGACAUAAUAUUUCGAUAACCCUGAUGAGAUUCAUGAAAAAGCAGGGAAGUCGAGUAAUAUAUUGGAAAAAGAAUGAGCAACAUGACUUGAACCGAGCAUUAUAUGUUGCAUUGCCAAAUGUUCAACCCAUUGGCAAUAACAACGACGAGAUUACCCAACUUUAGUAAGGGAUAUUGUGAAAAUACAAGAUGAAACUUGCAUUGUGGCUUGUCUGCCCACUAAAGAGUCCUAUAGUUGGGUAAUGGACGGUAUAAGCUCGAGAGGGCGAUAAAGAUUGUAUUUCUUUAGGAAAAGAACUUGGUCGGUUUAAACUCAUCCCACUGCUGCAUAUACCAAUCUUUGGAUAAAAAGGUGUAUCAAAAGAUGUACGAAUAGUAAAUAACAACACAUUUUCAUUUGAGAGUAUUUCUCGAUUUCAGCUUAGCACGGUAGAGUGCUUCACAUUCAUUUACAUCAUGUUUCGCUUCAUAAAUUAUUCAUGUAAUUAGCAUCGUGACCGAACACUGGCUCCUUUCUUUUUAAUAACAUUAACUAAAGACAAUUUUAAUAUCUAAAGAAUAAAUCGAAAUAAUACUUACAGAAGAAUCUUUUGCGAUAAAGAAUAGACUGUCCGAUACUGUUAAACACACAUAAUACGAUGUUAAUCCACGGUACGAUAACAUUCUAAUGAUCUCCUAUCGUCCAUAUAUAACAUGCCUGCCUCAAAUGACAAAAUAUUCAUUUUCAAAAAGUCACAUUACUGUAUUAGGUGACUUUAAAAUUGUUUUUGUAAAAUUUGAUAGAUAUAAUCGAAUC